AUGGUAGGUGUUAGGAAUCAGAAGUCUCCAAUUCUGAUAAGAAGAAACAUCAUAAGGGAAGGGAGAAGCUUGACAAGAGAAUGGUCCAAUGCUACUGUUGUAAUAGGAGACUUUGAAUAUGAGUCAGAGUUAGAAGAUAACUCUGAAUCUGAAGUCGAAUUUGGUUCUGAAUAUGAGUCAGAAUCAGAAGAUGAGUCAAAAUUUGAAGGUUGUGAAGAAGAGUUAGAAUCUAAGAGUUCUAAAGAUGAGUCAGAGUCAGGAGAUGACUCUGAAGAUGAAGAAGACUCUAAAGGCGAGACUGAUUCUGAAGGUGAAUCUAAUUUUGAUCCAGAUUCUGAUGAUGAUCCAGAAUCUAGAGGUAAUCCAAUCUCUGGAGGUAGAGCUUCUGAAGGAAAAGCUUCUGAAGGUAGAGCCCCUGAAGGUGGUCCAACUUUUGAGGUUCAGAGGCCAUAA